GCCUCGGUCCUUUUACUCUCGCUGUUGUUGACUGCCCUUCCCUCCGCCGUCAUUGCUUCACCACUCCCACACCUCUACAAACGAGAGAUGGGAACAGGCGCCAAAGCUGGCCUUGGGAUUGGUAUUGCAGUUGCAGCCAUCCUCGUUGUAGGCCUGGUCAUCUUCUUCGUCAUCCACUUCCGACGCUCUAAACACCUGGCCGCGAUCAAUAAAGAACGUGCCAUUCUCGCCGGCGAGAAGAAUGAAGAUGGCUCUGAUAAACCAGAUAAAUUCGCCCCUCCUCCCGAGAAGCCCGCAACCGGAGCCACGGGCAUGCCCCGACGAACCAAGUCCGUCAAAGACCGACUGAUGGGUCCCCUCUACCGUGGCAGCACCAUCGACCUCAUGCCACUCCCCAAAGCUCGCACCAACAACCCUAACCGUAGCAGCACCGCAACCAUGGAAGGAGCACACUGGGACAAUGUUGACGGACAACCUUUCUUGCAUAAGCCCUGGGCAAAUGGAGAGAGCUCUCCCCGCCCUAGUUUCAGCAGCAAGCGGGCAACGAGAAUGAUGAUGAUGAUGUGA